UCUGUCAAAUUUGAGAAUAUCAACAGUGGUAAAUAUCUUGGAAAUAUCAGAUAACAGACUUAGCUAAAACACUAAGUUAAGCAUAACAUAGUAAAUUGACAUAAUAGUGUACUUUAAGUAACUUUAUUUUGAUGUUAAAUUGGCUUAAAACGUGCUCGAAAAGAAGGUUGCUCGGAAAAUAAGGAUUUAAGGGUGAAAAAAUCUAUAAAAUUUCUUUGUUCGAAAAAGCUUGAAAGAAAAAAAGGACAUAAAAAUGGAUGAUACAAGUGCUGAUAGAAAUGUUGAAAUAUGGAAGAUUAAGAAGCUUAUAAAGAGCUUGGAAUUAGCCAGAGGAAAUGGUACGAGUAUGAUUUCACUCAUCAUUCCACCAAAAGAUCAGAUUUCGAGAGUCAGUAAGAUGUUGGCAGAUGAAUUUGGAACAGCUUCUAAUAUUAAGUCCAGAGUGAACCGUUUGUCUGUAUUAGGUGCCAUUACAUCGGUCCAACAUAGAUUAAAAUUAUAUACUAAAGUGCCUCCAAAUGGUUUGGUUAUUUACUGUGGAACAAUUGUGACUGAGGAAGGAAAAGAGAAGAAAGUCAACAUUGAUUUCGAGCCGUUUAAGCCAAUAAAUACCUCAUUAUAUCUAUGUGACAACAAAUUUCAUACAGAAGCACUUACGGCACUUCUAGCUGAUGAUAAUAAAUUCGGUUUUAUCGUUAUGGAUGGUAAUGGUGCACUUUUUGGAACACUACAAGGAAACACUCGCGAAGUUUUACAUAAAUUCACUGUGGAUCUUCCGAAAAAGCACGGUCGUGGUGGUCAGUCAGCUCUUCGUUUUGCACGUCUUCGAAUGGAAAAACGUCACAAUUAUGUGAGAAAAGUAGCCGAAGUUGCAACUCAAUUAUACAUUUCAAACGAUAAACCUAACAUUGCUGGACUCAUUCUUGCUGGUUCAGCUGAUUUCAAGACCGAACUUAGUCAAUCUGAUAUGUUUGAUCCUAGAUUGCAAGCUAAAAUUAUUAAACUAGUGGAUAUAUCUUAUAGUGGCGAAAAUGGAUUUAAUCAAGCAAUUGAAUUGGCAGCAGAAUCACUACAAAAUGUCAAAUUUAUUCAGGAAAAGAAACUUAUUGGACGUUAUUUCGAUGAAAUAUCACAGGAUACCGGAAAAUAUUGUUUUGGUGUUGAAGACACGCUUAGAGCUUUAGAACUUGGUGCCGUUGAAAUUUUGAUUUGCUGGGAAAAUUUAGACAUUCAACGCUAUGUCCUUAAAAACACCACAACCAAUACAACAACCGUUUUACAUUUGACGCCAGAGCAAGAAAAGGACAAAACUCAUUUCACUGACAAGGAGAGCGGGGUCGAAAUGGAGCUUGUCGAGUCACAACAAUUACUAGAAUGGCUUGCAAAUAACUAUAAAAGCUUUGGAGCAACACUGGAAAUUAUUACAGACAAGUCUCAAGAGGGAAGUCAGUUCGUACGCGGUUUCGGCGGAAUUGGAGGUAAGUGGAAUCUUUCAAAAAUAAAAACUUUUCACAUUUUUCCUUUCACAUUAUUUCUUACAUUUUUCGCUAUUUCACUAAAGGUAUUUUGCGCUAUAAAGUUGACUUUCAAUCUAUGGCUGCCGAAGAAGAGCCACUCGAUGACGUAGAUCUUGAUGAUUACUAAAAAUAUUAACUAGCGUUAAUAACCCUCUUUCCAAUUUUAUAAAUCACAUUCAUCUUUUUAGCUUUUACAACUUAAUAACAUUUCUAGACUAAUUUUGAUCAUAUAAAAAAAUAUUUGAAAUUAUUUAAAUCAUGAAUUGAAUGAAUGGUUAAAGGACAUUCCUUGAAUAUAUUUGUAAGCAACUAUUCUCACUUAUCUGUUGUGUUCCGAGUGAAUUUGUUUUAUGAUUUUCUGUUUUUCGUACUGCUUUGCUGUUUUUAGACGUUCCUCAUUAUUUUUCUUUUAAUUUAUCAUUUUCCUUAAUAUUGUUUGAUUUUAAUUUAUUCCUUAUUUUAUUUUCUUUUGUUCACAGGUAUAUUACGUUAUAAAGUCGAUCUAGCUUCGAUACAACUAGAUGAUGGCUAUUAUGAUGAUUUGGAAUAUGAUUUAGAUGAAUAUUAAGUAGAUCUCAAUGUAUUUCAAAACUCUUUGAUCUCCACGACAUUCCAAAAAAGUUGUUUUUAUUAAUUAAUUUAAUUAUUAUAAUUUUAUCUGUCGACUCUCAAUUCUUAAAGUAAUAAUAAUACCAAUUUGUACGUAAGAUAAAUUUUGAUAUAAAAUUAAUAUGCAUGAGAUUAUUAAUUUUAAUAAGUUAAAGCCAUAAAACAAUGUUCUACAUUGCUACAUUAUUAUUAUUAUCAUUUUUAUUUCUGUUUAAUGGAAUUUUACCUCUUUUUGUUCAUUUUACAAUGUGAAAUGUUUUAGUAUUGCGUAACAAUUAUGAUGAUUAAUUAAAUUGAAUUAAAUAAAGUGAACAAGAAACUUAAAAAAAAAACCAGUAAUUGCUUUACAAUAUUGUGACUGCGUU